UCAAUCGAUUUCCGCCUCGUCUGCCACUUCACUCCUCUUCCUUCUGUCCAUAUCCCGUCCGAUUUGUAUUUACACCCCCACAAACUUUUCAUUUGACAUCGCGAGCUAUGGCGACGCAGCCUCAACCAGUUGCAUCUACUUCUGGACCGAUCCAAAUCCCUGCUCUGGAAAGCCAGCACGCGGCGGUCGGCGCCACGAAGGAGCAGAAGGACAAGAAACCGAAGGAGAAAAAAGGGAAGGAGGGAGCGGUGUCGCAGUAUCCGUUGGAGUUGCAACCUCCUCCGGAAUUCUUCGACCACCGUAUCAAAAUAUUCGAGAAACUGAAGGCGGAGUAUGACGAGCAUGUCAAAUCCCAACCUCGCGAAGAGAUCACCGUUACGCUUCCGGAUGGGAACGAGAAGAAAGCUACCAGCUGGGAGUCGAGUCCCAUGGAUAUCGCCAAGGAAAUCUCCAAAUCUCUUUCUGAGCGACUUGUUAUUGCGAAGGUCGAUGGUGAGCUAUGGGACCUUGAGAGGCCUCUGGAAAAAUCUUGCAAGGUCGAAUUACUCGACUUUGAGCAUCCGGAAGGCAAGAAGGUGUUCUGGCACUCUUCCGCACACGUUCUUGGUGAGGCCUCCGAGAGACAUUAUGGUUGUCAUCUGUGUAUCGGCCCUCCGACAGACGAAGGUUUCUUCUACGAGAUGGCCAUGGAGGACAGGACUGUAUCCAUGACGGACUACCCGUCCCUGGAGAAGGUCGCCGAAAGCGCCAUCAAAGAUCGCCAGAAGUUUGAACGCUUGGUGGUCCCAAAAGAGACCCUCCUCGAGAUGUUCGGCUACAACAAAUACAAGAAGUACCUCAUCGAGACCAAAAUCCCCGAUGGUACUUCCACCACGGUCUACCGUUGCGGACCCAUGGUCGAUCUUUGUGUCGGCCCUCAUAUUCCUCACACCGGAAAGAUCAAGGCUUUCAUGGUCACCAAGAGCUCCGCAUCAUACUUCCUCGGCGACGCAAACAACGACUCGCUCCAGCGCAUCUAUGGAAUUUCUUUCCCCGACAAGAAGCAGUUGUCGGAGUACAAGGCUUUCCUCGCCGAGGCGGCGAAGCGGGAUCACCGAAAGAUUGGUAGGGAACAAGAACUGUUCUUCUUCAACGACAUGAGUCCUGGAAGCGCAUUCUGGUUGCCGCAUGGUACUCGUAUCUAUAACACCCUCAUAGAACUGAUGCGGUCUGAGUACUACAAGCGUGGCUACCAAGAAGUCAUCUCCCCCAACAUGUACCAUUCCAAACUCUGGGAGACCUCCGGUCACUGGCAGAACUACAAAGACGAUAUGUUCACGCUCGACAUCGAGAAAGAGAAAUGGGGUCUCAAGCCGAUGAACUGUCCGGGUCACUGCCUCAUCUUCGACUCUCGCGACAGGUCGUACAAGGAGUUGCCGAUUCGGAUGGCCGAGUUUGGAAUCAUACAUAGGAAUGAGGCGAGCGGUGCGUUGACGGGGUUGACGAGGGUGAGGAGGUUCGUGCAGGAUGAUACACAUGUGUUUUGUAUGCAGAGUCAGAUUGAGGAUGAGAUCGCGGCACUGUUUGAUUUCAUGGAACAUACAUAUGGUUUGUUCGGGUUCGAGUUCAGCCUCGAGUUGUCCACUCGUCCCGAGAACUACCUCGGCGAUCUCGACACCUGGAAUGUGGCCGAAGAUCAACUCCGUAAAGCCCUCGACAAACAAUACCCCGGCAAAUGGGAGCUCAACCCAGGCGACGGCGCCUUCUACGGCCCCAAAAUCGACAUCACCAUCCGCGACGCGCUGAAGCGCUCCUUCCAGUGCGCGACGAUCCAGCUCGACUUCCAGCUCCCGAAACAGUUCAACCUCAAGUUCCGCAGCGCGGAGGAGGGCGUGCAUCCGCGACCGGUGAUCGUGCAUAGGGCGAUAUUGGGAAGCUUGGAGAGGUUUAUUGCGAUUAUUACUGAGCAUUUUGCCGGGAAAUGGCCAUUCUGGUUGUCCCCUCGUCAAGUCGUUAUCGUCCCAGUCGCUGCUCCAUUCAACGACUACGCCGUGGAGAUCCAGAGCAAGCUCUCCGCGCUCGGUCUGUGGGUCGACGUCGAUACCGGAGGAGACACGCUCCCGAAGAAGAUUCGUAACGGCGAGACGUCGCACUACAACUUCAUUCUUGUCGUCGGCGAAUCCGAACUGAACUCUCGCUCUGUCAACGUUCGGAACAGGGACGACGUCGGGUCCAAGUCGAGACAGGACGCGCUCGUCCCGCUCGAUCAGCUUGCGGAGAUGAUGGUCAAGCUGAAGACGUCGAGGAGUUUGGAGAAUAAGUUGGUUUGAGGUGUUAGAUGUGCGGUUAAUGAGUUUCCGUGUUUGGCUGUGCUUGGGUGCUUUCGGUACUGGUUUGUGUGCAAGUAGUGGGUGUUUUGCGUUGGGCGCGUUGAAGGUCGGUAGGGUUUGUACAAGUAGAAUUGAAAUACGAGAAAAGCGUGCUUCGAGAUAUUGAUCCGAAAGGGGACUUGAGGGGGAAAUGUUCAAGGAAUAUUUUACGCUUGUGUUUGUGUUCCUUGAGCGUAGCACGAUCACACCGCACGCGUCACACAUGUUUAUCACACAUGAACCCUUAAGCUAUUCCGCCUAGUUGUGACCUGAGUGACAUGAUGGCAUCGCGUUCUGUUUGGGGAAGCAUGUUGAUCUGUUCGGGAGCCAUAGCCAGGACCUGCAUGAGCAUAGCACGUUGUUCCGCAGGAAUCGCAUCCAGCGGGUUUCCGCUCGCCCCACCGGUUCCAGUACCAGCAUUAGGUCCAGAUCCCCCGCCCAUAGGCGCAUUCGGCCCCUGCAUCGGCCCCUGAGCCUGAGUCGACGGCGGUCUCCCCAUCGGUACGUUCGAAGGAGGUGGGCCUCCAUAGAACCCUCCUCCUCCUCCUCCUCCUCCAGGUCCUUGUGGCGUAUGCGGUGGAGGCGUAUGGUAGUAUGGCUGUUCAUAGUUUCCGUACUGCGAACGCGGAUCGCGAGGUGCAGGAGCCGACAUACUAGCCGGUCCUGGAGGAGGACCUCGGGGAUCAUGCGUAUGCGCGCGUGGGUCGUGGGUGUGUGUGGCGGAGAGCGGUGGCGGAGCGUGUGCGGAAGGUGGAGGGAGGGCAGAGGUCAAGAGGGUUGGUGCAACGCGAG